AUGGGAAGCUGCCAUGAAUUUGACGGGUGGGACUCGGACGGAAUAGCACUAGUCUGUCUCAAAGCCAAUCUCAAGAACUCCCAACCAAAUCCCAAUAGCAAGGACAGUCAAACGAAGAUGUCUGUCGAAGCCAGCCGAUCAAAUGCAGCGCUGGACUUGAGCGGCAAGACCGCCGUGGUGACGGGUGGAACCCAAGGGAUUGGAGAGGGAAUAGCGCUCCGUUGCGCGCAACUUGGCGCUAGCAGAAUCUUUAUCGUUGGCCGGAGCCAGGAACGCGGGAACGCUGUGCUCGAACGUUUGAGAGCUGUCGCCGCGGAAAGGGCCCAUUCUAAGCAGCAAUUCGAGUUCCUCCAAGCUGAUCUUUCGACAAUCAAAACAAUCAAGGAAACAGCUUCGGAGAUCAAAAAGAAAGUCGGAACGAAUGGUCUGGAUUACUUGUUGAUGACUCAAGGAGGGCCUCCUAACGGGUUAUAUGAAGAAAAUUCUGAAGGAUACGAAAAGUCGCUCGUCGUCCAUUGCCUAUCUCGGUUCGGCUUGAGUUACUUGCUCGCAGAGUCAAAGACGCUGAAGAACGAGAGUACCGUCGUCUCGAUCCUAUCGCCGGGCUCGAGCUAUUCGGAGCUCGACCUUGAAGACCUUUCGUUGAAGAAACUUCAUGCAACUCAUCCGUGGAGGCCGACGAUGUUGAUCACCCAGGGCAAACGUGACUCUACUCUGACCGACGCAUUUACUCUGGAAUUCAACCGCCGUUAUCCAUCGGUCAAGUUCUACCACCUCUUCCCAGGCUUUGUGCAGACUAACGCGGCAGCCAAUCGAGGGCUCCCAUUCCCCAUCCCUCAAUUGGGUUCAGUGUUUGGCCCGAUCCUGGCGAAGAUUGCAGGAAACACGCCAACAAGUUACUCGGAUAUUCCAUUAUUUUUUGCAGCCAACCCAGAGGCCAGAAAGUUGGACGGCUAUCUCUUCAACGAGCGCUUGAAGAAGAUUGACUUGGGACAAUACAAUCGCGACCAAGCCAACCGAGAAAAGGUGUUUGAGAAGCUUCGUAGUAUGUUUUGA